AAGCUGGACUAGGAAACAAGUCAAAAAGGGGCUCCCUGGUGGGGAUUGGAUAGAGCAGAGAGAGGGGAGAACUUGUAAGACAGGGCUAUCCAUACAAACUGCUGGUGGGCAGCUCAGUAGAGAGGAGUGUUUAGCUGCAAUUAGUAGGAUUCACAUCAGUGGAAAGGAUCAGUGGUCUCCCCUCCUUGGAACUCCUCUUACUGUUGGUUUCAGAUAUCCACCGCUGCUUGACCCCUGCAGCCACCAGAGACAUCUCCACCUCUGGAUUGUAAUCACUGACAUUUCCACUCCAGCUUCCAACCUGUUUACAACAAGGGCAACUGCUGUCCUCUCUUCAAAGCCAACUGCUCUUCCACAGGCUGACAAUUAGCCGAGAGAGGAUUUUUACAGCCUGCAACAAAAAAAAAAAAAAAAAAGGAGGAGGGGGGGACAGAGAUUUUUUUUCCCCCUCUUGGAGGGGAGUUGAAUAUGUCCUGUAUUUGGUAAGGCUCAGUUACUGCUCAGACACAGUCAGCUGGCACAGGACACAGCAGAUUUAGACGCAGCAGCAGCAGGAGGAACCCGUGCGCUCUUGGAGAUACCCAGGACUAUGGACAUAAGGGAUCCCUGAAGCUGGUUUGCCAAUCGAGUGAUGGAUGUUGGUGCCUUGUUCUCUGCACAAGUUUUCAAAGUCCUGGGGCUCCUCGGCCAGCAGCUCUCCAGUUGCCAUCAACUCGCUCUCAGCCUUCCAGUAUGUUUCUUUCCAUGAGGCAUUUGCUGAUGCCGACAGCCUCAGUACAAUGUGGAAAUGGAUACUGACACAUAGUGCCCCAGGCUUUUCCCAAUUGCCCCGCUCUUUGCUGCUUUUCUUUCUUGUCUACUUCAUUUCUGUCACCUGCAAUGAGGCCAGGGGCAGGGACUGGCUGCGCUCCGCGGAGGCGUCCUCCAACUCUUCGUCCGGUCGGCACGUGCGGAGCUAUAACCACCUCCAGGGAGACGUGCGGAGUAGGAAGCUUUUCUCCUACACUAAGUACUUUCUCCAGAUCGAUGGUAACGGCACAGUCAGCGGCACCAAGAAGGAGAAUUGCCCUUACAGUAUACUGGAGAUAACAUCUGUGGACGUGGGGGUUGUGGCAGUGAAAGCCAUUAACAGCAAUUAUUACUUAGCCAUGAAUAGGAGAGGAAAGAUCUACGGUUCGAAAGAAUUCAGUAUUGAUUGCAAGCUGAAAGAGAGAAUAGAGGAGAAUGGCUACAACACCUAUGCGUCACAUAACUGGAAGAACAAUGAGAGACAAAUGUUUGUGGCCCUUAAUGGUAAAGGAGUUCCAAAGAGAGGACCAAAAACAAGACGGAAAAAUACUUCGGCUCACUUUCUUCCAAUUGUCUUUUAACCUCAAAUGAAGGAAUUUACAUAUUUCUGUAUUAAGUACUUCAGUACUUUCUUCAAAAACCCUUAGUGUGUACUCACCUCCUAACUCCAUUCUAAUGGGGAGGUCCAAGAUGGAUAAUGUUCUUGUUUGGAUUGUAGAAGGACAGUAUUUCUUAUUGACUUCAUGGUGGAAGGAAAGCAGCCAGUACCUGUGUUACAUAGAAUUUUAUUUGUACAGUCCGAUUUAACGGAUACAAGGCAAUUAAAUCAUUGAUCUACUGGGAAAGUUAUUUAUGGAUUACUUUAUUCAAAUCAAAGACAUUCAUUGCUCAUUCACUUCCAAUGGUCCCAAUGAGCUGUGAGACUUUACUGGAAGCACUUGGGUCAAAAGUAUUGAUGAUGUAUUUUUCUGAAGAGUCAACGUGAAGAAUGGUUAGGAUUAAGAAAUAUAAAUGUAUUAAAACUGUUCUAACAAAAAUGAAUAUUAUGGUAUGCCUGUGUACUUUUACCUUCAUCUCUCUCUGUUUCUUUGUAAGUUAUUUAUUUAAUAGAAUGUUUGAUACCUGUC